GCUGGGAAACUGUCAAGUUUUUUUCCCAAGCGUACAGAAUAAUAACCGCAGGUAACCGCAUAUCAGUGAGAUCAUAUAUAUUGAUGACAAGUGGAUGCAACGAAAAAUAUUAUUUUCGGGACUCCCCGGUGGAGAAUGUUAAUAUUCAGAGGCUUGAUAAUUGGAAAGAUCUAGACAGUCCCAAGUUUUUUUGUUGACCGGCCAACUUCAAGAUCAUUUUGGAGUGACAAAUUUUUAUGGAAUUUUUAAGUGUGAAGUAUUGUCAUAUAAUUAUGAACACCUGUUGCAGCAUCCAUAGAGCGCACAGAAUGGCGAUAUUAUCUGCCAAAGAGAUACACUAUAGUUGCAAAAUUUUAGUGGUUGGCGGUGGAACGGGGGGGUGUACAAUGGCUGCAAAAUUGUCAAGGAAAUUCGACAAGGCCCCAAAUCAUGUGAUUGUUGUAGAACCUAGUGAGAUUCACUACUAUCAGCCAAUGUUCACACUAAUAGGCGGUGGUUUAAAGAAGUUUCAGUCGUCCAGGCGUUUCAUGGGUGAUGUUUUACCCAAAAAAGCUCAAUGGUUGAAGGACAGCGUAACAAUAUUUGAUCCAGAAUCUAAUAAAGUCAUGACUAACAAUGGGGACACGAUACAGUAUGAAAUAAUGAUUGUUGCCAUGGGAUUGCAACUCGACUGGGCCAAGAUUCCUGGACUAGUGGACGCUCUGAACGACCCAGAUUCCCAGGUAUGCUCAAUUUAUGGCCCAGAGACUGUCCAAGGUGUUUUCGACAAAAUAAAAAAGACAACGAAAGGCUCUGCGAUCUUCACAUUUCCAAAUUCACCGGUCAAAUGCCCUGGGGCACCUCAGAAAAUCGCCUAUAUUGCUGAGGAUUUCUGGACAAAAAGAAAUCAUCGCAAGGAUAUGGAAGUUGUCUAUAACACCGCUCUUCCUGUGAUUUUUGGAGUAAAGAAAUACGCGGAUGCCCUAUGGGCUGUGUGUGAACGACGAAACAUCAGGGUGAAUCUUCAGAGCUCAUUGAUCGAGAUAAAUAACUUUAAGAAAGAGGCUAUUUUUAAAAAUUUAAAAAAUCCUGGAGAGAAAAUCACCCAGAAGUACUCUUUUCUACAUGUUUGCCCACCUAUGGGACCCCCAGAUGUGCUCAAGAAUCAUCCAGCAUUGACGAAUGAAGCUGCGUUCUUAGCCAUCGAUGCAAAAACCCUCAAGCACUGUCGGUUUAAUAAUAUUUAUGGAAUUGGAGAUUGUACUACUACUCCGAAUUCUAAGACAAUGGCAGCAAUAGCAUCGCAAGCGAAAAUUGUGGAAAAAAAUAUUUUGAACGAGCUCAAGGGAAAAGCCGUACAAGGAGUGUAUAAUGGAUAUGCCUCCUGUCCCCUCGUUACAGCGCCUGGAAAAUGUAUUCUAGCUGAAUUUGAUUAUAAUCUCCAGCCGUUAGAAACAUUUCCCGUUGAUCAGAAAAAAGAAAUGUGGAUUAUGUAUUUUAUGAAGAAGGAAAUGUUUCCGUUCCUCUAUUGGAAUUUCAUGUUGAAGGGUUACUGGAAUGGACCUGAGUUAAUCAGAAGAAUUCUCAAUGUUUUUAAAAAAUCCUCCUAGUUGUCCUAGAUCCACCCAGUUUGCCACAAAUAAAAUACAGUAAUUAUUUUCACUA